CUAACCAAAAUAGGACAUAGGACAGGAGUGGAGGUGUCGAGGGUUUUGUUGCGCACGCGGCUCUCUCCGUCAUACGCAUCGCAACCGAAGCGAUGGGCAGUACAGUGGUAGCAGAGAAGACGGAGGAAGAGCUCCGUAAAGAGAUCGACGAGCUCCACCGCCAGCAGCGCGAGAUUACGCAGCGGCUUCGCGAUCCCCGGGGGAUUCGCCGCGGAGGCUUGGCAGGUGCUGGACCGAGGAAUUUUGCCGUCAAUGGCGGACGCCAGCGUGGCUUUGUUCGACCUGCUGAAAGGAAUGACGCGGAGGACCAGCCUCCGGCUAAAAGGCGACUCUCUUCAGCUGUGGUGAAGAUUGAGGAUGGGGAAAUAGCUGAAGGUUCAGAAGUUGUGAAUGAUGUGGAAAAGAAAGAUUCAGCUGCUGCUGCAGGUGAGACGGCAGAGGAGAAUGCGAACCAUGGUGAGAGAAGGCCAUCAAAUUGGUCCAGGAGGGAUGGUAACCAGAGGCCAUCCAGAAUGGACUUUGAUAUCCCUCCGGAGCAACAUGUACCAAGGGUGUUGCCAAAGGAUGAAGAUCCUAGUUUGCUCAACAGGAAUAAGAGGAUGUUGGGUCAGCUUCUUGGGACAUUGGAGAGGUUCAGGAAAGACGACAUGAAGCUAGCGGGCACGGAGGCAUAUAUGAGAAGAUCUGAUUCGUUGAAAAGGGCGGAGCAACGAGCGCGUGAAGAAAGUGAAAAGCUGAGACAACAAGAGCGCGAGCAGAUAGCUGAGAAGAGGAAGAGAGACGUGACUCUCAGAGCUCGUCUCGCAGCAAAAGCAGAGGAAAAGAAGCUGGAAUUGCUGUUUCUUCGGUGGAGUGAGCAUCACCAGAAACUUGGAAAUUUUAUAAGGACCAAGGCAGAGCCUCCGAUCUAUUACAUGUUUUCUAAACCUCUGGAUCAAGACACAACUUUGAUCGAGCAACAGAAAGAACAGAUGUUUCAAGAAUGGAAGGCUGCAAGGAGGGAGGAAUUAUCGCAAUAUCAGAAGCAGAUCGCCGAGCAGUACGUUGCUAAUGUCGACAAGGAGCUUGAAAGGUGGCAAAACGUACGGAAAGGUAGGAGAGCAAACAACGAAAUGGCCAACUUACAGGAGACUAUGGACAAAGAACUCGAAACCCACCAGCUCGAGCAUGGCCCAAAGACUCGAAAAAUACCCGGCCAAGGUAACAACGAAGAUGAAGAUGACGUUGAAGACAUAAACGCUGCUGAGGAUGACAUGAUGGAGGAUGACGUUCUUGGCGAGGACGAAAACGUUCCAAGGGUCGACGAGGCUGUGAAAACCGAAGCAGCUAAUGGCAUCUCCCCACAUGACAACAAGAAGGACGAGUAGGUUUACGGAAUGUGCGCGCACCCUUCCAAUGUGUCUCAUUAGCUUAAAAGAGUUUUAGGGUCUAUAGAUUUUUCGCCUUGACUAUCCCAGGUUUGCUUUAGUUCAUGAAUCUAUUUGAUUAUUUGCUUUGUGAAUCUAUUUGCGGAAAAUUGAAGAACAUUUGUCCUUAGUAUUUAGAUAUAAAGUUACUGUUUUUAUCUGCA